AUGGGAAAUCAGGGGUGUGGUUAUUAUAAUUACGUCGUCUUGUUUAUCAUUUUUACUUAUAUUUCUUCAUCAAUCCACCAAGUUUCUUCGAAGCUUGUACUCGAAGACGGUUACGAGGUCACUACCAUACUUGAUGGGAAUAAGUUGAAUAGCAUUAUAAAUCCUUCAUCUCUUCUUCCUAGAGAUGAUCAACUUAUUAUUCUUGAUACACCCAGCAAUUCGGAGAUUAAUCGGUUGUCCGGUAAUGGAGUGGCUGGAUUCUCAGAUGGAGAUUUGGGUUCUGCAAUGUUCGAUAAGCCACGAAGUUUUGCUGUUGAUUUGAAGGGCAAUGUUUAUGUAGCUGAUAAACACAACCAUGCCAUCAGGAAAAUUACUAGAGAAGGUGUAGUUACAAUUGCGGGAGGAUAUUCAAGGAAGCCAGGGAAGGCAGAUGGCCCUGCUCAAAAUGCACCAUUCUCAGAAGAUUUGAACUCUUCUUUGUCCCGAAAUGAGCUAGGUUUGACUCCGGUGUCGUUGAUUGGAGUCUUUUGCUUCAUCCUUGGUGUGGUGAUUGCAUUUGGAUAUCAAUUUCUUGUUUCUCGUGGACUCUCCAACAACCAUCUUUUCAAAGUGACAUGGAAGCCUUCCCGAAUCAAUCUGGGGAGGACAAUACAGAUCAUCUGCUCAGACAUAAUAAACGCAGUUGUUAAAUCAACACUUUACAUGCUCAUUGCUAAGCUCGGUUGGCUGAGCAUGUCUCAUCUUGCUCUUAUGUUUAGGAUCCAUAGACUAGAAAGAAACAACUUUUGUAAAAAUAAUUCUUCUUUGUUCGAUUCAAAUUGUUCAAACAACCGUGAAGUACCCAAGGAACAGGUGAGCGAUUUGAUUAGUUUUGAUGAAGACGUUGAUACUGGAAUACAGAAAGCUUUUAAGCAAAGCGAAGAAGAUCAAGAUCAUGUUGCCUUAGUAGAAGUAGUAGGAUAG